AUGACGACUCUUACCCCACGACCAGCAUACUCCCCGGCCGAGCUCGAGAAGCUAUAUCCAUCCAAUCUCGAGCUCCAGCAAGUUCAGAUUCUACUUCGACACGGCGAGCGUACACCGGUCGGGACACGCUUCCAGAACGCCGGCUUAGCACCAUACUGGCCAUACUGCACCGCUGCCCGGCAGCUGAAAGAUGUCGUGCUCAAUAGCGAUGGCACAUGGGAUUAUCUAAGCUGGCGACGACGAUUAGAAAGACUAGGUCCGAACGAUGCGCCGAUAACAUCAGCAGGUUCGCGAGGAGAGAUAGAUGGCGUCUGCGAACCAGGCGAACUCACCGAUCUCGGACGACAGACAACACUGGCGUUGGGCGAGCGAAUAAGGAACCUCUACGUCAACCAACUCUCCUUCCUCCCAACCACAGCAACCGUCGACACUGACAACAACGUCUCCCUCCGCGCCACCCCAAUCCAACGAGCCCUCGAAAGCGUCCAACAAGCGUACACAGGCCUCUACCCACCCACCCACCGCGCCACUGCCCUCCCACCCAAAACAAUCGUCCGCCGCUCAAUCCAAGACGAAACCCUCUUCCCCAACGAAUCCGCCUGCCCGCGCUUCCGCGAACUCGCCAAAGCCUUCGCCGAUCGGACGGCGAAAGUCUGGAACGAUGGGCCGGAGAUUCGAUAUCUGAACAGCAAACUCGGGAAGUGGAUGCCAGAGGCUACGCCCAAGGUGGCCGUCGAUGGACAUCCCCGGCUGAGCGGGUUGAUGGAUACGAUAAAUGCUACGCGCGCGCAUGGGUCCGCUACGAAGCUACCGAAGGAGUUUUAUGAGCAGAAGGUGACUGGAUAUGUGGAUAGGAUUUGUACGGAGGAGUGGUUCGUCGGGUAUCAGGAGAGCAACGAGUACAGGACUCUUGGGAUCGGGGCUCUGAUUGGGGACUUGUCGCAGAGGAUGGUGGAGAAAGUGAGGGCGAAUGAUGUAGCCACUCCUGCUGUAGGUGCGAUUGUGGCGGGCGAGGGCGAUUUCAAGCUUUCGAUGAGUGGAUGCCAUGACACUACCAUCGCAUCCGCACUCACAGCACUGGGAGCCUUUGACGUAAGUCGCGACCACUGGCCGAACUUCACAAGUAACAUCGCUUUCGAGCUCUUCCGGCGUAAAGACGCGCUCGUGGUCCGGGACACAGCAGCGGCACCUCCGAAACAAACCCAACGACCGUCCUGGUGGUCUACCCUCUUCUCUUCCACCACCGCAACAACAUCCUCAACCGCGACGUUGGCCCGCACACCACUCACAGACCUCCCACCAACAGAACGACAAAAGCUAGAAGAGCACUACGUCCGACUCCGCUACAACGACCAACCCAUCACAAUCCCCUUCUGCGCUGCCCAGAAAGACAGACAUCUCGAAGGCGACGAGAGCUUUUGUACACUGACCGCGUUCAAGCAAGCGGCUGAUUCUUUCACCCCCAAGGAUUGGAAGGGGCAGUGUAGGAUGAAUCUUGGUGCGCCUGCUAUGGGGACGAAUAUCUCUAGACCUCCGGGUUGGGUGGACGAGGAGGUGAAGGUGGUAUGA